CGUGACUCGCCUUUGCGCAUGUGCAGGGCGAACGGCAGAGAAGGUGAAGAUGGCGGCGGCCGGGGCUGCGGCCCUGGGAGUCCGGUGGCUGCAAAGGGCAGCCCGCGGCGUGGUGCCACUGGAGGCACGGAGAGCCUUCCAUAUGACCAAGGACAUGCUGCCGGGGCAGUAUCCUAGGACUCCAGAAGAGCGGGCCGCGGCCGCCAAGAAGUAUAACAUGCGCGUGGAAGACUACGAGCCGUACCCGGAUGAAGGCAUGGGGUACGGUGACUACCCGAAGCUCCCUGAUCGCUCACAGCAGGAGAGGGAUCCAUGGUAUGAAUGGGAUCACUCAGAACUGAGGUUGAACUGGGGCGAAGCGAUGCACUGGGACCUAGACAUGUAUAUCAGGAAUCGUGUGGAUACAUCCCCUACACCUGUUUCUUGGGAUGUCAUGUGUAAACAUCUCUUCGGCUUCAUAGCUUUCAUGGUUUUCAUGUUCUGGGUUGGAGAGACUUUCCCCUCCUACCAGCCUGUGGGGCCGAAGCAGUACCCUUACAACAACCUGUACCUGGAGAAAGGCGGUGAUCCUACCAAAGAAUGUGAGCCGGUGGUUCACUAUGAGAUCUGAGGAGGCUUCACGGGCUUUUGUGCUCUCUAACUAGGACUCCCUCAUUCCUCGAGGUGUAACCUUAAUGGAAUCCUAAUAAAGCUCAGUGCCGCA